AUAAAUUGGCGACUUAACUAAAAGUAUGUAGAAUAUUUGAUUGAAACAUCGAGUCAAGCAUAAACACAAGAUGGAUGCUACGAAGAAGCCACUUCUGAUUCCCCCUGAGUUUUCCACAUACGCAGAAAAACACGGGAUCUUUCAAAUAUACGAGGGAAUUUUGAAAAAGCUUCUUAUCCAUCAACCUGAUGAUCCACUGCAAGUAAUUAUAGAUUGGUUAAAAGAACCCGAUAAUGUACCACAAAUUUUUGUUCUGGGUCCUCCUGGAGUUGGUAAAAGAAGUAUUUCUCGUGAAACUUCAGAUAAAAUUAACUGCGCAUACAUUUGCAAAGAUGACUUUGAUGCUGAUCUAAAAUCUGACGAGGAUAUUGUAGACGAAAUCAAAAAAAGAAUUGAAAGCAGCGAAUGCAUUGAAAAGGGAUGGUUGCUUGAGGGUUUCCCCCAAAAUCGCAAACAAGCACUUGGUUUUCAAGCUGCUGGCAUAUUCCCAAAACACGUGGUACUUCUUGACGCCCCUGACACCGUUUUAAUUGAGCGUGUUAUAGGGAAAAGAAUUGACACUCUAACUGGUGAUGUCUAUCAUGCAACCUUUCACCCUGCCACGUCUCCUGACGUAAUCAAAAGAGUCAAAUCAGACCCCAACUCAAGUGAACCUAUCAUGCUGAAACGUUUGCUAGAAUAUCACAGGAAUAUAAGUGGUGUGUUACGAUGUUAUGAAAACAUAUACAAAACAGUGAAUGCAGACCAACCAAAAGAAGAUGUGUUUACACAAACACUGUCAUAUUUAUCAACAAAACAAAGAAACCAUGCCCCGCAUACUCCUCGUGUUUUGCUUCUUGGACCAACUGGUAGUGGCAAGUCUGUCCACGCCGCAUUGUUAGCAAGUAAAUACAAACUCAUUAAUGUCAACCUUCCAGAACACAUCAAUCAGCUGCUUUCUAAUGAAUCUAAACUUGGUGAAGCCAUGAAACCGUAUGUUGAAAGGGGUGUUCGAGUUCCAGACGAAAUGAUUAUUAAAGCUUUAAGUGAAAAGUUAGGACAGCUAGAUGCGGUAAAACAAGGAUGGGUCUUACAUGGAUUUCCUACCAGUCGUACUCAAGUCGAUGCAUUUAGUUGCGCAGGGUACGAACCAAACCGCGUGAUAGUACUCGAUGUAUCCAGCGAAACAGCUGUUGAAAGGUUGAAUUUGCGUUGCAUUGACCCAAAAACAGGCGACAGGUACCAUCUUUUAUAUAAUCCACCCAGGACAAGUGACAUCAAGUCCAGAUUGCAAACACAUCCAGACGACGAGGAAGGCGAAGUUUUAAAGAGGUAUGCAGAUUAUCAAGUGAACAUCGAAGACAUAUUGGAGUAUUAUUCAGAAGCACAGCACGUGAACGCAGACCAGGAUAUACAGUCUGUCUUUGAAAGCGUGGAAACAAUCAUUGUGAAUCCACUACCGGAUAAAAUAGACUAAAACAUAAAGAUUCAUCUUUUUAACUUCAAUUCAGACUUGAAUAUUCAUGUUAGUUGCAAACAAUUUUAAUAAACAGGUAAUAAACAGGGAAUUUGUUUUAAAGGGGUGGUCACACUUUCUCUUUUACGAAAUGCAUUAAACUGUUUGAGCUGUUUAUGUUACAGUUUGUUCAUGGUUAGCGAAAGCCAUGCACCUUGUUUUGCUUUUCCAUAAACGUUAUUCGAACGUCAUGUUAGAUUUGUUUGCUAUUUAUUUAGUUAUUUUUAGUUAUUAUAUAUUUGUAAAUAAUAUUUUCAAGUAAUCACGCUUUCUAAUAAGCAACCUCA